GGGAGCUCGGGGGUCGUGGAGCCGCCGGGGCACGGGCCUCGGAAGCGGGUUGGGCUAGGAGGGAUAGGGGACGCGUGUGUUGUGUGUGCGUGCGUGUGAGUGUGUUGCACACCGCCCCCCUUCCCUCCCCCUUGCUACUGCCCCAAUGCUUUGGCCCCCGCGGCUGCCCGACCGGGCCGCAGGGAUGGCGAGUGGGAGCGGCGGCAGAACCCUGGGCGCCAGGCCGAGCCCAGGCGAGCGCGGGGCCCGGAAUCAGGAGCCCGGCUGAGGGGGGCCCGGAAAACCGAGGCUAACGGCUGCAGCCCCCUCCCCCCAGCCCCAGGCCCUCCAGGGGUCCUCCUGCAACAAUGGACUUGUGUAGGGAGCCAGGAACCGAACGAGGGCUGGAAGAAGGUGGAGGUGGAGCUACCUUUCAAACAGUAAAAAUUUUUACAACUUCACAUCUUUGUUGGAUCCAAAGGAAUUACUAAGAUUUCCUUUUUACUUCUUAAUCUUGUGAGCAUUAUUCUGGACACUAUGAAUGCUACUUGGAUGCCCGUUAAGACUAUCCUCUGGCAACAUAUUAAGGGGCCGUGGAGCUGGCCUCAGCAACAGGAGAGGCUGGACUCCCUGUCUCUCUGUGCUGAAUGGCUGCGAUGGCGCCCGCUCUCACUGAUGCAGCAGCUGAAGCUCACCAUAUCCGGUUCAAACUGGCUCCCCCAUCCUCUACCUUGUCUCCUGGCAGCGCCGAGAACAACGGCAACACCAAUAUCCUUAUUGCUGCCAACGGAACAAAAAGGAAAGCCAUUGCAAAAGAAGAUUCCAGUUUAGAUUUCCGAAGCAACCCUACUAAGGAAGAUUUGGGAAAGCUACAGCCAUUGGUGGCAUCUUAUCUCUGCUCCGAUGUAGCAUCUGUUCCUUCAAAAGAAUCUUUGAAAUUGCAAGGUGUCUUCAGUAAGCAAACAGUCCUUAAAUCUCAUUCUCUCUUAUCUCAGUCUUUUGAACUCAGAGCUGAGCUGUUGGGGAGACAGCCAGUUUUGGAGUUUUCCUUAGAGAAUAUAAAAACCAUGAGUACAAGUGGUCAGCCAACCCUGCCACAAGCACCUGUAAAUGGGUUGGCCAAGAAAUUGACUAAAAGUUCAAAUUCUGACCACGAUAAUUCCAGUUCUCUCAAUGGGGGAAAAUGUGCUCUUUCCUCCUCAAUUCUCCAGGGUGUUGAAGUUCGGGGUUCUGAAUCUGGGGAAUUGAAGGUGGGUUUGACCAAUACAACUCUUCCACAUAGAAGCCUUGAUGUUGAGCACGUGUUUAGCAAUAAUGGCACUGCAAACAAAUCUUCCGUAAAUUCCACGGAGCAGCUGGCACUUCAGGGGAGCAGUGGAGAGAGUAGGUUAUCACCUGACAUAGACUCCAACUCUAAUUUUGGGGGUAGCAAGCCACCGGGGCAAAAAUCUCCCUUGCCUUGUAGCAUAUUUAGUGCUCUAGAUUCUGAUGUGAGGACAACAGCAUUAUUGAGGCGGCAGGCAGACAUUGAGAGUCGUGCCCGAAGACUGCAGAAGCGCUUACAGGUGGUGCAGGCCAAACAGGUAGAGAGGCACAUACAGCAUCAACUGGGUGGGUUCUUGGAGAAGACUUUAAGUAAACUGCCGAACUUGGAAUCCUUGAGGCAUCGUAGCCAGUUAGUGCUAACACGGAAGGCUGAAGCUGCCUUGCGGAAAGCUGCCAGUGAGACUACUACUUCAGAAGGACUUAGUAGUUUUCUGAAAAGUGAUUCUAUUUCAGAAGAAUUGGAGAGAUUUACAGCUAGUAGCACAGCUAAUCUGAAGUCCAGCGAACAGGCCUUUGAUUCAGAUGUCACUGACAGUAGUUCAGGAGGGGAGUCUGACAUCGAGGAAGAAGAAUUGGCUAAGGCUGAUACAGAGCAACGCCAUGUACCACUGAGACACCGGUCAGAAUGGAGAUGGGCAGCAGACCGAGCAGCUAUUGUCAGCCGCUGGAACUGGCUUCAGGCUCAUGUCUCCGAUUUGGAAUAUCGAAUCCGGCAACAAACAGAUAUUUACAAACAGAUCCGAGCUAAUAAGGGGUUGAUAGUUCUUGGUGAGGCAUCUCCCACAGAGCACACAGCAGUAGACUCAUCCCUUCCCUUAAAUACUGAGGUGAAGGCUGAACAUGGGACUGACAGACUGAUUGAUUCUAUAUCUCACCCACUGGAAAAUCUUGGUACUUCUGCCACCAAUGCUUCAGAGGUUCUUUCCACUAAACCAUGUGGAAUAGUGAGACCAAUCAAUGGAGUUAUUAAUCCACUCCAGUCAGGUUUGGCAGACCAUGUUCCAGGAGAUGGUUCUGAUGCUGAGGAACUACUACAUAAAAAGCAACGGUUGAAUCUUGUUUCCACUUCCUCUGAUGGUCCAUGUGGAGCAGCCCGGACUCGUCCUGUACUGAGCUGUAAGAAACGGAGACUUGUUCGGCCCAACAGCAUCGUACCCCUGUCCAAAAAGGUUCACAGAAGCAGUACUAUACGAAGCAGCUGUGAUGUAAAUGUCUCCUGUGUACUCUGUGGUGGUUCAAGUAGUGGUGGUACUACAAUGCCUCCUGAGAUCCAGUAUGAAACUCCCCUUUUGGAGCGCCUUUCCCAGUUGGACUCUUGUGUUCAUCCUGUAUUAGCAUUCCCAGAUGAUGUUCCCACAAGCCUGCACUUCCAGAGUAUCCUGAAAUCUCAGUGGCAGAACAAGCCCUUUGAAAAAGUCAAACCUCCCAAAAAGCUUUCACUCAAGCACAGAGCACCCAUGCCGGGCAGCCUUCCUGACCCUGUUCGUAAAGAUAGGCACAAGUUGGUCAACUCCUUUCUAGCAGCAGCCAAACUCUCCCAUCACCAAACUCGGCCUGACAAGACCCACAGGCAGCACUUAGAUGAUGUAAUGGCUGUGUCCAUGGCAGAGAGAGUUACAGCGCCCAAAGCAGAGCGCUUGCUCAAUCCUCCACCCGUGCAUGACCCAAACCAGAGCAAAAUGCGAUUGCGAGACCAUUCAUCUGAGAGAAGUGAAGUGCUGAAACAUCACACAGAUGUAGGCAAUUCAAGCUACUUGACAGCUGUCACCCACCACCCAUCACCCAGCCCUUUGGUACGACAGCUUUCCUCUUCCACCUCAUCGGAUGGCUCUGUACCCACCAGCUCAAGUUCACAGGGCACAGUUACUACGUCUCAACCUGUAAGGAGGAGACGGGGAGAAAGUUCAUUUGAUAUUAACAACAUUGUGAUCCCGAUGUCUGUUGCUGCAACAACACGUGUAGAGAAACUACAGUACAAGGAGAUCCUUACGCCCAGCUGGAGGGAGGUGGAUCUUCAAUCUCUGAAGGGGAAUCCUGAUGAGGAGAAUGAGGAGAUUGAGGACCUCUCUGAUGCAGCUUUUGCAGCCCUACAUGCCAAGUGUGAGGAGAUGGAGCGAGCACGGUGGUUGUGGACCACAAGUGUGCCACCCCAGCGGCGAGGUAGCAGGUCCUAUAGGUCAUCAGAUGGCCGGACAACCCCACAACUGGGCAAUGCCAACUCUUCUACCCCACAGCCUGCUUCUCCUGACAUCAGCAGUAGCCACUCAGUUUCAGAGUUUUCCCACAAUCAAUCCCCUCGCAGUCCCAUCAGCCCAGACCUGCUUUCUGCCUCCCUCACUCCUAUAGCCCGAGAGAACCUACGACACCUUUCCAUUGAGGACACCCGUUGUUCUACCCCAGAAUUGGGAGUAGAUGAACAGACUGUCCAACCCUGGGAGCGACGCAGCUUCCCCCUGGCACACAGCCCCCAGGCGGAGUGCGAAGACCUGCUGGAUGCACAGGAACGCGCCGCCCGUUGUACUCGGCGUACUCCAGGUGGCAAGGGAGGCCGGGAGCUGGACAGUGCACCCACCUCCCCUCCUCUGGCCAGUUUCAAAAGCAGGCAUCUGCCAGCAUCGGCCACAGUGCAGCGCCCAACCCACAGAUGAGCAAGUGGAGUUUGAGAGUCCAACUGAAUGAACUCACUGACUUGGCAUUAAAGCUUCAGAAAUCUGUGUUUGAUAUUCAAACAUCAUAUGCCGAAAAUUUUCACAGUUUUUAGUGAAUUUAAGGAGUUUAGAAACUGUUUUGGUCUCUUCUUCCCUCCCUCCUUACCCACCCCACCCCCUUUUUUUCUGUUUUUGGUUUCCAUAUUGUCUUGUGGCACACCCAAAUGGACUAUUCCUCCAGUUGGCAAAUAAAAAGUUCCUGGUAAGACCCCACCCAUCCCUAACUCCCACCCUGCCUGGUUCUAGCAUGCUCUAUAGUCCCACUGAUUCACUGAACUUUUGGAUUUAUUUUUCCUUUGAUAUAAAACAUGUUCUUCCCAGGUGACAAAAGAAAUUUACAUCAGGUGUUUCCCUGCCUGUCACCUGGAACCCUGGUAUGAGCGUGCUGAUGGGGGCCCAAGCAUUCAAGUCUUUAUGUUCAGCACUGGCUCUCAUCAGGCCUAUUGAGAGGCUUGCUUGAGGCAGUCUGCAAUAAUAUAUGUGUAGCCUUCAGCAAGCAGGCUGAGCUUCCCUUCUUUUAUGUGGCUGCUCUGCAUUAAGUUACCUUUAUUUUGACUCUUUAACUAUAACAACCCAACUGGUCAGUUUCCGUCACACAUAUUCAUUUUCUCCCCUCACCUCCCCCAGACACACAAAACACACAUUGAACACACCCACUGAGUACACAUUUCUCACUUGUCUUGUUUUAUAGGCAGGGUUUAGGUCGGUUCAGUCUACGUUAUCAUUCCCCAGCCAGCCAACUAGGAGGGUUUGAAAUAUAAAGCAUCAAUUUAGCCAUUCUAACUUUCUUCUCAGAUGAUCACUUAAACAUGUUUCCUUCAUGUCUAAGUUAUCCUUAAUCUGUUUCAACUAGGCCCCUUUUCUCAUAUCCCCUCUCCCUUAGGCCCUUGCCUGUGGAAUGUCCUAGUCUCUCUCCCUUCCUCCAUCCACCCCAUCAUCUUUCUUGUGCCUGUCUCAUGUAUAAUUACAUCACCAAAAAGAGGAAAAAAACAAAGGACAUAACUUUUUUUUGGCCAUUUUGUAAUCGUAUAAAAAUAGUAGAUGAACUGCUUAAUGGUUGGGGUUUUUUCACAAUUUUCAACAUUAGUGACUUUUUUCUGUUUGCUAGUUAAAGGGUUUGUCAUUGUUUCUUUAAAAAACAAUAAUGCACCAUAUCCCUAUGCAUAAGUGCUUCUUCUAUUUAUAAGGUUGAAAAUUCUGAAUAACCCUUUUAGCAUUGUAAAAAAAAAAACCAAAAAAAUGCAAAAAAAAAGCCCCCACCUUGUAUUUUGUAAAUAUUUUCUUUUCUUGCUUUGAGCUGUGUAAUGGCAGCAAAAUCCGUAGCUGUCUUUGUUCUAGAGAAAUGCUUUUCUUCAGAGAAGCUGAUCUUUGUUAAUGUCUUGAUUCUGUUCACAGAGCACAGAACUGUGCUUCCCAAAAAAAAAACGGAAAAAAAAGGGAAAAAAAAUUAAAAAAAAAAGUUACAGGA